AGGCUGUUGAGCGGUUUAUAAGACUGGAGGUGCACAAUGGCUGGGGCGCAGGUGAUGGCGUUCCGGCGCGGCCUGUUGCGCCGGAUAUGCAACUCCUCACUCGCUGGUUCACUCAGUGCUAGUAGUAGAGACGCUGUUCUAUCAGUUGAAGGACUUCAUACUCGUCAGUUCGCAGUAUUAGUUUCGAAUGAUGGCCAAGAAGCUCGUCACAGCGCGCUGCAGCGACUUGCUGAAGCUUCUAAUUUGUCGUGGAGACUACGCGCCGCCGUGAAAGACGUGGAGCACUCAUUGCCGUCGGAGAGAGGUAGAAGGUUCUACAACCGCCGAGUUGUGGAGGCCCUGGAGCAGGGAGACCUCAAUCGCGCAUGGGCCGUUGUUGAGACUCUGCAUCGACGACACCCGGAAAGGGCCGUGCUCUGGCCGUUCACAUACAACUUGCUGCUGCGUCACUAUUGCAGACAACAGAAGACCCUGGUGAAUGCGAAUUUGACCCGCAUUCUGGCGCUGCUGGACGUCAUGGUGGCUCAAGGGUGUGCAGACCAGAAGAGUUUUCAAGUGGCGAUGGCAGCGUGUAGUCGAGCCCGACAUCUACGCAGUGCGAGGCAUGUACUGGAGAAAAUGGAGGAGAGUGGGCGAGAGCCAGAUGAUAGGAUCUAUGGCUUCCUGAUCAACUGUUGUGCGAGGAAACAAGGGCUCGUGAACAUAGCAGAAGGGUAUUUCGACGAGAUGUUGGCUUUUGGAAUUAAACCGACGAUUUUGGUGAUUAAUGCGAUGCUGAGAGUGUACUCACGAGAUAGUGGACGGUCGGAGGUGAUGCUGGAGCUAGUGAAACGCGCGCGGGAUGAGUUCGGCUUGGUUCCCAACACUGUCAUGACCCGGACGAUGGUGUAUUAUCUGCUUUGUGAAGGUGCUGUGAAUGGCGCGGUAAAAUAUUUGCGUGGUGUUGAGAAAGAAUUCCCUCGAGCGGAAACGAUAAUGCUGCCGCUGAAGCGCCAAGUGGUGAAUUCACUGGCUGAUGCUUGUCGGCAGCGUGGGGAUUGGGACGCAGCGGAGUUUGUGCUUGGUCUUGUGAAAAGGACCGACGAAGAAGAUACAUUUGUUACUGACGUUGAAAGAGACGCACGAAACACGCUAAAACUGGAGGGGUUGAUCGCAAAACGUGACGUUAUUUCUCCACCUGUAGUAUGGGCGCUGGAUGAACAAGACUGGACCCGAAUGACGCCGUUACAUCAAGAAGCUUUCUUUCGAAAUCGAAGCCAGGAGCAAAGCCUUGAGCGUGCCGUGGAACGAAUGCACUUGCACACUCCUGCCCCUAAGACUGACCGAUCUAUCCAAAAACAAUCCUUGAAACUGGAGGGAAAGCUACAUCUUUUAGAUGAAAUGAUUCGCGCCAAAAACGCAAGUGCAAAUGAUUUUAAUGCCGUGUUAGGUGCUUGCGGGAGACAGGGUCAACUGGCUGAUGCUGUGUCUGUCCUUACGAAGAUGAAAAAAUACGCAGAAUCUUCAAUGGAAUGUGCGCCGACUACGUGGAGUUACAACGCGUUGCUGAACGCUUGCGCGGUUCGAGGAGAUAUUCAUGAGAUUGAAACUAUUGUGAAUGAAAUGCUCGACAACGAUGUAAACCCUGAUCAAGUGACCAUGAAUACGGUGAUCAAGGCGCAUACCACAAGCGUAAAGAACGGAGUUAAUGGAAGUUCUCAGACACGGCUGAACACAGUGAUGCAAGCGCUUUCAUUCUUUGAAUGGUGCACCGAAGACCAAAAACUCGAUUCAGAAGCGGGGACGUAUUACUCGCUGUUUCGAUUGUUCGCUACGUAUUUAGAAAGCCCAGAAGAUAACAGCACCACUGGGGUUGAAGUUGAUGACGAUGAUGGAAUGGACGAUGUGGAGGAAAAGGACGAAGACUUUAUAAUAGGCCAAGAGGGGGAACUGGUGGCUUGGAUGUCUGAGUUUAUCACUUCCACUUGUCGUGACGCUCCCCUUGUAUCUCUGGACAUUGGAGUGUUCAACAAUGCGUUUGAUUAUUAUCACCGACUUGGUGAUGUGGAUGAAUCGUUUGCGCUUUUUAACUUGAUGAAGAAGCGCGGAUUUCAGCCUGAUGACACGACUCUCGGGUUGAUGUUUGCCACCUGUGCGACUCAACAGCAGUUUGACGUGGGUCUGAGCUUUCUGGACCAUUUAAUGACCAACGACGGCUAUAAACCAACGCUGAAAGUUCUAAGUGGAGCAAUGCAACUGUGUGCAAACUCAAAGAAUCCGGACGGAGCGCUAGAACUCUUUCGAGCUAUCGAGACGUCAGGCGCAUUUACACCUACAAUUGAAACCUACGAGCCCGUGGUGUUCGCGUACGCACGUGUCGGCUACGUAACCAGCGCCUGGGAAAUCGCGAAUGAGAUGGAAGAAAAGCUCGGGAGAGUUUCGAUCAGUAUAUACAACCGGAUUCUGUUGGCGUGCGUGGAAGCUGCUUUACCUGGACGUGCCCUGGAGGUUUUAGGAAUAAUUCGACACAAGGACGGAGUGGCUCCUGAUAUCAUUUCUUACAAUACUGCACUGGAAGCUUUCGUUAGAUCUGGAGAACGAGCUGCAUGGUGGAGAAAAAACAACAUCAAUCAAGGAGAGGACGAAGAUGCAGAUUACGAGGAAAAUUAUAGUGAGGAAGCUGAACUGGAAAAUGAUGACUCGGGUAAAAUAAUUGAAACUGAAGACGCCGCAGUGGGGCCGACUUUAUCGAUUGAACAGCGUGAGAAGGCUACGUGGGCUCGUGCUAGUGUUAUUGACCUACUUCAGGACAUGCAACGAAGUCGAGUGAAACCCGAUAUAACAACGUACGAGCGUGCGAUAGCUGUAUGCAGCGUGAAUGAGGACUCGGAAGGUGUAAUCGCCAUAUUCGACAGACUUAUUGAUCGCGAUCGAGGUAAGGACGCUGUUAACCUGAAAAGUGAUCUCGUGAGUGACUCCAGUUUUACUGCGUACCUCGUGGCCUGCACGUCGUUGCAAGACAAUGACCGGGUCGUUGAAGCUCCGAUACUACUCCACAAAUGGCACACUGCGACGGGCCAGGUCCCACCAGAAUUUGUCGUGACGCAGUUGUUGGACUCACUGGAAGUUCUCGGUGAAUGGUGUUGUGCUGUCCGGAUGCUUCCCAAUUGGCAAGCGCACUUCGGUGUUGCACCUAGCGUCCAAGUGUUCAAUAAAGUAAUGCAGAUGUGUAAUCAAGCAGAAGAACACCACCUCGUGGCUCCAAUAUUCGCUACGAUGCAGGACUCCACAGCCUAUCGUGUGUACCCAGACGCAGAGAGCUACAUACAACGGAUUUACGCAGAGGAGCAACGUGAGAACUGGGUGGUAGCCACCGAUUUGUUCGUAGAGAUGCAAAAGAGAUUCCCAAGCGAGGAGAUCUCGCAUCAGCAGCUUCAGAAGGUCGCUUUGGGUCGAUACAGGUUGCGACAAAAUGAGCAUUAAAGUUAACACUUGUACUUUCUGCGUUGUUCAUCUUCACAUCGGGUUCUCAAGCAGGCUCGCCUCUUCGUCCCGUAGCUCCGAAGAUGAAAGAGAUAAACCAUAACUGGGGCUACUAGUGAAGCUGCUUGAAGCCGUGCUGGUGCUGCUGUAUCCUUCUCCGUAGCUGCUACCGGGCUGCGCGUAAAUGGACUUAUCCGAGGCGUUGCAGUGGAAGAACGCAGCACCGAAUACAAGCACAAGUGCAGCGAUGGCAAACACGAGAUCCCACGAUCCUGUAGCAUCGAGAAUUGCGCCCGUGACCACAUUGCCAAUGAUACCAGGGAUGGUACCAAACGUAUUGGAGACUCCCAUCACAUGUGCAGCGUGGUUAGGCGCCACAUCGAUCAUGUUGACCCAGUAUCCAGCCAUAGCAGCCCGACUCGUAAACAGCGUCAUACAUAGUAACGCUAUCGCCACGGGAGCAGACUUUGCGAGACGCAGAGAGAAGAGGAAGAAGGCGCAUCCGAGGAAAGAGAACGCGUUCAUAGUCUGGCGUACGUGCAGUUCACGGAACCCGCGAGUGACCAAUAGAUCUCCCAGUCGUCCGAACAGAAGCGUCCCGGUGUAGCCGCACAUGUAAGGUAGUGCAGCGGCAAAGCCUCCUUUCUUGGUCAGGUCGAGAUCUAGAGCUUGGUUAAAGUAUUGCGGAAUCCAGCCCAGUAAGAUGUACCAACUGUAAUUGUAGCACAUGUGCGCGACGUAGAUCGCCCACGCAGGCCGCGAGGUCAGCAAUACACGCCAGUUCAUUGCGUGGGUGUCUAAUUCAGCACGCGAGCUCUGACGACGAUGAGUCUCUGGGUCGACUGUGCGGUUGCGAAUGAUGAAGCUGCGUUCUUCAGUGGUGAUGUGGGGGUCAUCUUCGGGUCGACUCACGCCCAUGAUCACGUAAGCCACGACCCAAAUGAAGCUCAACAUACCGAACACAACAAAGAUGCGUUGCCAGCCGCUGGCUGCCAUAAUGGCGGGCGAAAUGAUCAGCGCGGAGAUGGUGCCUAGAUCAGAACCACUUGCUACCAGCGACACCAAGCGACUUCGCUCCUGUACCGGAUACCACGCACCAGCAAUUUGAUGCAUACACGGGAACAAGAUACCCUCUCCAAGACCCAUUCCUGCCCUCGUGAAGAACAGGCAAGUGAGGCAUUUAGCGACAAGAACAGUCGACAAAUCCUGGAACGACAACAACAUUGAGGAUCAGAAUACACCUCAAUCAGCGUUAAUCAAUGUAUAGCCACGUACAAACAGUGUCCAGACGACAACUCCCGUUAGCAGUACAGUCUUGGCACCAAAUCUGGCAGCAAAAUAUCCUCCAGGGAUCUACAACAGCAAAAAUGCAAUGAUCAACAUUAGGACGAGUUCUUCAGUGCUUGAUGAUCAGCCGUGCAGACUUACUUGUGUGCACAUGUAGCCGUAGAAGAAGGCGGACAGUACUUCGCCCUGUUCCUUCUUAUUGGUGACAAAUGCCGGUAACGCAAUGCCCAUGUUGGUACCUGCAACAACAGAAUCAGAUUCCAGAGCUUGAAUCAUCGCUCCUUGCAAACACACGUACGGUCGGCGUAGCAGAUUGUGGAGACGCAGAGACACAGGAACGCCGUCACAUAGCGCCGCUUGCCUUGCGGAAGCUUCGCGGUGACGUCCCCCGCCGCGACCACGUCCACUUUCUUCCAGGCCUCCUUGCUCGCCAUCGCAGAUGUCCAAAUGAGCUGCGGAUAGAGAGGAUCGUUACACUCAUCAAGCCUUUUUUUCUACCAAUCACAGCAUGGACCACUUCAACAUGCGUCAGCAACUUCGAAUCUUUGUUCGCAUCAUUUGCAUGGACUCCAAAUAAAUUGUUUUGAUCAUUUGCA